CAUUCCAUUUUAGACUUUGUGUUUACCGCAUUAUGCCACUUGCGCAAAUAUGUAGGCACCAUGGUUCUUUUUGAGGGUGCCACGUGUAAGCCUAAUUGUGGAGCACCAUGGCAAACUGGGAACGAAACAAAAGGAUCUUACUGGAGCUGGUGAAGCUGCCGGAGAACAGACUUUGUGCAGACUGUGGUACACCCGAUCCGGACUGGGCAUCCUACGAGUUGGGUUUGUUUGUGUGUCUGAACUGUUCUGGUGUACACCGCAACCUGUCCAGCCGAGUAAAAUCCAUAAAGCUUGACUACUGGGAAGAUGAGCUCGUGGAGUUGAUGAAAUCCAGUGGCAAUGCCAGAGCCAGAGCUUUGUAUGAAAAAGCACUUCCUCCUUACUACUACCGACCACAGCAAACUGACUGUGCAGUGUUAAGAGAGCAGUGGAUUCGAGCCAAAUAUGAAAGGUUUGAAUUCACAGGAGAGACCAAGUAUCCACCUCCAUCUUAUACCACAGGCUUCUAUGAAGGGAUCUUGUGGAAGAAAGGAAAGGAGAACACACAGUUUCUGAAGAGGAAGUUUGUUUUGUCUGAGAGGGAAUUCACUCUGGCUUACUACAACAAGGAAAAUGAGUCCAAAGGGCCAAAAGCCCUCAUCUCUAUCAAGCACUUGAAUGUAACAUUUCAGCCAGAAAAGAUCGGUCAUCCCCAUGGGAUGCAGAUUACUUACCUUGACAGGGACCACACCAGGAGCCUUUAUGUGUACCACGAGAGCCCUGAGGAAAUAGUCACAUGGUACAACGCCCUACGUGCCGCUCGCUAUGCAUACCUAAAGACAGCUUACCCGACCGGAACCGAUGCCGAUCUGAUACCGAAUAUAACACCAAACUACCUGAAAGAAGGAUACAUGGAAAAAACAGGGCCAUCGCAAAAGGAACCGUUCAAAAAGAGGUGGUUCAUUUUGGACUCCCAAAAUAGGAAGUUGCUUUACUUCAAAGGCUGUUUGGACGCUGAGGAAUUGGGGGUCAUCUUUCUUGGCACAGAAAGCAACAGUUACUCUGUUAGGGACUGUGUCCCAAAGCACACCCGUGGGAACAAAUGGAAGUACGGCCUCGUGGUGGAAACACCCGAGCGGCAAUUUAUCUUCAUGUGCGAGCACGAGAGUGAGCAAAGAGAGUGGCUGGACUCCCUCAGACAGGUCAUGUCCAGGCCUAUGACACCACAGGAUUAUACCACUGAGGCCAACAUCAGGAAUAAACGAUGAAAGCUGGAAAGUAGGAUUUAAAUUAUACAACAGCAACAUUUGAAUGGUGACCUGCGCUGUGCCAUGAAUGUGUCCGUGAAAGAACAACUGUGGUAGUUUUCAUUUGAAACUGUAUUGAGUUGAACUUUUUUUGUACCAAAUAAAUAGUUCUGACAACCAUGUCUUACAUCAAA